AUGAGAAGAAACUUCACCCCAGAGACUGAGUUCGUUCUCCUUGGACUAACUAGUACCCAGGAAUUGCAGAUUUUCUUCUUUGCUCUGUUUUUCACCAUUUAUAUGGUCACAGUGGCAGGAAAUCUUGGCAUGAUUGUCCUCAUCAGGGUCAAUGCCCGCCUCCACACUCCCAUGUACUUUUUCCUGAGCCAUUUAUCCUUUGUAGAUCUGUGUUUCUCUUCCAAUGUGACUCCAAAGAUGUUGGGAAUUUUCUUAUCAGAGAGGAAAACCAUUUCUUAUACAGCUUGUACGGUUCAGUGUUACUUUUUUAUUGCCUUGGUCCAUGUAGAGAUCUACACCCUGGCUGUCAUGGCCUUUGAUCAGAACAUGGCCAUUUGCAAUCCCCUGCUUUAUGGCAGCAAAAUGUCUAAGAGUGUGUGCACAUCCCUCAUCACGGUGCCUUAUGUAUAUGGAGCGCUCACUGGGCUGAUGGAGACCAUGUGGACCUACAACCUAGCCUUCUGUGGUCGCAAUGAAAUUAAUCACUUCUACUGUGCUGACCCACCGCUGAUUAAGCUGGCUUGUUCCAACACCUAUAACAAAGAAUUGUCCAUGUUUGUUGUGGCUGGUUUUAACUUCACUUGUUCUCUCCUCAUCAUCCUCAUUUCUUACAUCUACAUUUUUCCUGCCACGUUGAGGAUUCGUUCCACAGAAGGCAGGCGCAAAGCUUUCUCCACCUGUGGCUCCCAUCUGACAGCUGUCUCCAUCUUCUACACAACUCUUUUCUUCAUGCAUCUUAGACCCCCUUCAGAGGAGUCCGUGCAGCAGGGGAGAAUGGUGGCUGUGUGUUACACCACCGUGAUCCCCAUGAUGAACCCCGUGAUCCACAGUCUGAGGAACAAGGAUGUGAAAGAAGCUUUGAUGAAAGAACUGCUCAGCAGGAAACUGCUUUCUAUUAAUAAAUGA